UGAAUACAGCGAUAAAUCAAAACGGUCUAAUCAACAACAGUCAACAUAUACAUUUUUAUGAUAAAAUAAAUAUUACGUAUGAACAACGUCCAGUACGUUUUUCUGUAGCGAAAGAACAUGGGGUCAUUUAAUAUAGUGUUUAAACCAAAUAAAUGCGAUAAUGAGACUAAUCAAGAAAACACAUUCGGUGUAUCAUAAACUUACCAAACAAGUCAUUCUGCCAAUCGAUUAAAGACCAACAAAGUUCAAACUGAGCAGUGUUACAUGCACGAGCUGUCACUGUUAUUAAUGCUACUGUGCGUGUAAGCAGUAGGCGAGCGCAAAAGCUUAAUUCUUGAAACAUCAUCAAAAUUUGCCAGCGGCAAAAGGAAGAGAAGACGACAACGACGAAAAAGCACACAAAAAAUAAAUGAAAAUGCGAUAUAAAGUGAAUUUUCAUGCUUUACUGUAUUUUUUGAGUAUCUGUUCGCCAAUGAUGGGGAAUCAAGCGCCAAAUACCCAUCUGAAUUCAAACGAUAGAAAAAUCAACAGUGGCACUGACACAUCUAAUACAUUUUUAAUAAAUUUGAAUAAUAAUAAUCACAGCAAUGAGAACAAAGCAGGAAGUCAGCGCACAACAUUUUUAGCUAGCACUUUGGAAAAAAUUGCAAAUAUUUCCACUGGACUUACAUCAAAUAAUGAAACAAAUCGCGUAAAACACACUAAAAUCCAAACGAAGAAUGGAAAUAGCAGUGUGGCAAUUUUCAAAACAACAGAAGCGUUGGAAGUCAAAGUGACAGAAAAUCAUCAACUGAAAUCAAUGUCAUCGAUAAAAGAGGCAUUGUUGUUAGCAUCACCUUGGCCCCCACCGCCAGUAAACCAAUUGAACAACAAGUAUUUUGUCAAUCAAGUGCAAUCGAACUUGAGUAGUUCACAACAGAAUUCUAAUCAAGUAACAGAAGCUGAAUCAACGAUUCCGUAUGCCGUUGAAACAUCUACAAUUACAACAAGUCAAGCUGUUGCCGCAGUCAACAAAUAUUUUGUUAGCAAUGCUUCAUUAUUAUCGAUAGAAAACGUGACACAUAAUAGCUUCUCAACAGUGUCGUCGUCUAAAACACUUUCUAAAACAACUUUAAAUCCAUUGUCUAUAUUGAAUAAAAAUAAAACUGUUCAGCAGCAACAGCAACAUCAUCAUCAUCAACAACAUGGCAAAACAAAUGGAUCAACAUCAACUGGUCGAACACACUUUCAAAUCGCACAAAAGCAACUAACUCUAUCCAAAAAUAUACGGACUGAACCUCCUCCAAUGUUAAAUCAUAUACUUGAUUCUCUGUCUGUUUCGCAUCUUCAUCACGAUCACAGGUUUGUACAUAUGAAAGUAAAACGAUUUCGGAAAUGUUUUGUGUAUAUUUUGAAUGGGACACAUAUAAUUGACAAAGUUUUCUCGGCAUUUUGGACUGACACAACAUAUUUCUCCAUGUCUCUGUACACCU